UUAUCUACGUUACACCAUUAAUUCAUUACAUUACUUUGUGUACUAACACUCUCCAGGUUCCAAUCUUGCCUUUGUGGAUCUUUCCCUCUAGUGCCAAUACCACCCCUAGUUCGAACGAGGUACACAUUCAAGUAGUUAUAUAUUAUUUAGGCAAAUGCUUAGUAUUGUGUAAUUAAAUUAAACGUUCAAAUGCUUAGUAUUGUUUAGAUAUAGGAUACAUUUUUCUAGUUCAUCCACAAUGUCAUUGAAACACUGCCAUAGAGUUCCAUGAUUUCUGUGUUCCCCAAAACCCUAAUCGCCACUCGUUUCCUUUCCCGAACCCGACCUCGAAUACAUACUCCCAAACUAACCGCCAUUAGAACCAUGAGCUCGUCCACCCAGCGCAUGUUCCAGCUCAAGCUUGACCCAAUAACGGGUAACUCUGAAUGGGUCGUCAUCGAAGACAACGACGACGGAGACGAAAGCUUCGCCCAUAAUUUCCACCAACCCCUCCUCGCCACGACGUCGUAUCUGGACAUGCUCAACGAUUCCCCCAGAAACACUGCGUUUCGCCAAGCCAUUCAAAAAACCAUCACCAAACCUUGCCACGUUCUCGAUAUCGGUGCUGGAACUGGGUUGCUUUCGAUGAUGGCUGCACGUGCCAUGGGUGAUGAAGGGAGGGUCACGGCGUGUGAGUCUUACCUUCCAAUGGUGAAGCUGAUGAAGAAGGUGCUGCGAAUUAAUGGCAUGGAGGGAAGAGUCAAGGUCAUCAACAAGCGCUCGGAUGAACUCGAAGUUGGUCUCGAUAUCCCUUCGCGUGCAGAUGCUCUUGUGAGCGAGAUACUUGAUUCAGAGCUGCUGGGCGAGGGGCUUAUACCGACCCUACAACAUGCACAUGACAAUUUGUUGGUAGAAAAUGCUCUGACUGUGCCAUAUCGAGCAACUACAUACGGACAGCUGGUUGAAAGCACAUUCUUAUGGCAGUUGCAUGAUUUGCAUAGCAUUGAGGCUACUGUAUCUGAUGGCAUUCAACUUACUCCUCCCGGACUUGAUAGUGUGUUAAGUGUCAAACGUCAGCAAUAUGCCAUGCAUUGCAAUCCUAUACAAGAAGAAAUAAAACUGCUUUCAGAACCCUUCAAAAUUUUUGAAUUUGAUUUUUGGAAACGGCCAGAGAGUUCUGGAGAAACUGAGCUGUGUGUAAAGGCAACUAAUGAUGGGAGAAUUCAUGCUGUGGUCUCUUGGUGGGUACUUCAACUUGAUCGUGAAGGGACCAUCUAUUAUUCCACUGCUCCUAGGUGGAUAAGCUCACCAACAAUUACAAGUCCUGUUGGUUGGUGUGACCACUGGAAACAGUGUGUUUGGUUUGUUCCUGGCAGUGGUAUUUCCAUAUUCAAAGGGGAAGAAAUUCAUUUACAUGCUACUCAUACUGAGACAAGUAUCUCAUAUAAUUUAGAUACUCAAGUACCUACAUCUGAGAUUUUGAACCAUAGGUGUAUGACUGGAGAUUUGCAGCUUGUACUGCCACCAGAAAGGGUUGCAAUCUAUGGAGACAAAGGAUGGAGGCUUUCAAUGUUGAAAGCAGUACAAAGCAUGUUGCAGGGAAGAGAUCACCCGUUAUGCUUAGUUGCAGAUGAUAGUGUGUUUUUACCUCUUCUUGUGGCACAGCUUUCAGAAGCAUCACAUGUAAUGUCAUUACUUCCGGGGCUUAAGGAAAGAGGCCUACAAUAUUUGCAAGCGGCUGCCCAUGCAAAUGGUUUGUCACGUAAUUGCAUAGAAGUUCUUGAAAAAAGGGUGAAACAGUUAACCAUGCAUGAUAUACACCAGAAAAAGGUUGAUCUGUUGAUAGCAGAACCUUUCUAUGUAGGGCAUGAUGGCAUGCUUCCAUGGCAGAACCUGCGGUUUUGGAAGGAUCGUACAACACUUAAUGAUAUCCUCUCUGAAGAUGCUCUGAUAAUUCCUAGUAAAGGAAUAUUGAGAGCAUGUGCCAUCUCUCUUCCUGAUCUUUGGAAAAGUCGUUGUUGCUUGAGUAAUGUUGAAGGUUUUGACCAUUCAGUUGUAAAUGCUACACUGGGGGCCUGCAGUAAUCUACCUGAACUAGAAGAGGGUCCUUGCCUGCCUUUUUUUGUCUGGCAGUGUGGAGAAUUUGAUGUGCUUAGUGAGACAUUUGAUGUGAUGGAGUUUGAUUUUUCAAAACAAAUAUGCCUAUGUCAAGGAAAAUCCCAGGUUAAGUUCACCAAGACCGGGGUAUGUCAUGGAUUUGUGCUGUGGAUUGACUGGGUGAUGGAUUUGCAAAAUUCUGUUGUGAUAUCAACUGGUCCAGAUAGGAGAUAUUGGAAGCAGGGAGUAAAGCUUCUUGGAACACCUAGAACAGUAGGACCUCAAAGAUCAAGAAAUGUCCAAGCAUGUUCUGCAGUUCUGGAAGCUUGUUUCAAUCCAUUACAGGGGGAACUCAAAAUUAUACUUGAUUUCUUAUGAAACUUUUUCACUCUAGCUAUUAUGUUAUUAUACCCUGGCUUGAUAGACUUUUUCACAAUCAGUGGCAGACAAAAUCGGCUGUCAGCCAAAUGUUGGUUUGAGAUUUUUUUUUUUGUUUAGUUUAUGAUUUGCAUGCAUGGUGAACUUUGUUCUUUGUUCUUUUCAAUGAAACUAAUUUCACUGACUUUAUAUCA